AUAAUGCCAAGAACUAAACAAGUAAGGAAGAAGACAUCGGUGGCAAAAUUAAUAUCUGCAACCCAAAAGUCUCAGGUUAACCAAAGUUCUGCUCAAGCUUUAGUUUCAAAAGAAUACGAGUCACCUGAGGACUUAUUGAGAGAACUUAACACUUAUUAUGAUCUUCAAAAACAAAAAUAUGAGGAGGGCUGUGAAAAAGCUUGCAAAGAGGUGAAGACACUGUUUACAAACAUUCUCCAGGAGUUACCUGAGCACAUCAAGUUGACAAACGUACAUGCAGAUGUUGAUAAGGAUUAUGUUAGUGAUCAAAAUCAAGAUCCUAAUGCUACAUAUACUACUGGCCCUGUAAGGAUGUCAAGAUCUCAAAAAUCUAAUGAAAAUACUGAUUUCAAGAUGCCCAAAGCACCAAGUCGAAGCAGAACCCGAAGUUCCUCACGGAAGAAUUUGUCCUCUGUAACUCAAGGUCCACCUGUUUCGGCUGAAGUCUUUAAGACUCCAACGAUGAGCUCGAGAAACCUACCAUCUGGCGCUACUAUUACGCCCAAGAUCUACAAUGACAAACCAAUCACUGUCAUGAGACGGCCUCUUCACGGGGAAAUGGCCAUCUCCUUGGAUGGUAGUCCUCUCAUGGUUGGUGCCACCUCACGAGAGGACAUCCCUACAGUCAAUGUCCCCCUUCAUGAUGGAAGAAUAUUCUCGAUUAUGCCUGAAGCGGGGACACCUCCAGAAAAUCUUCCAUACUUUGAUGAAACAACAAAAAAAUACUUGAAAACACUCCGUGAUCAUUUACAAAUACUUGCUCCAAACACUCCAUGAAACGUGUUCUAUAUUUUCAUGCAAAAUAAUUAUGAACAAAUAAAUGCUCUGGGGAGAAAACUUAGGCAUUGGCAGGCAGUUAGUUACAAGUGAUGAAAAGUUUUACAAUAAAAGUUGCAGUCUCACUCUAUUUUAUUACAGGACUCAGUGGUGUGGAUUUUAAAAACAUAACCCAAGUUUUAUUUUAGUAUUACAUAUAGAGAUAACAAGGUAUAGAGCAGAGUGAGAUUGACUUGCUUUGUUGAACAAAGAUCACAUUAAUUGUAUUGUUAGCCAAUGAGGAUUGAUCAAUUCCUGAAUUUUUUAAGAUAUUAAAAUUAAAGUAUAGUCACCAUUGAGAGUUUUUUUUAGCCAAACUUAAGAGUAUAUUUAACAGAUGCUCUCACAUAAUAAGUUUGUUUUUAUAUUAUUUAUUAUAAUUUUAUAUCUAUUUGUGCGUAAAGGAAAUAGAGAUAAGAUAUAUUUUGUAUUAAUAAAUUUGUAUUCAUGUUA